AUGUCGUCCGAACGUGAGCCCCUUCUCCCCACCCACACGCGCCAAGCUCGUCAGAGCGUUGAGCAGCUUGGCUCGCAGGUUGCUCGCGAUGCCAAGGCUACCGCUCGUAGCUAUGGUGUCGACCCGGACAACCUCGGCGAGCAGGUACGUCAGGUGGCUCCUUCGCGCCAAACCCUGGCACGUGUAUCGCAGAUGAUCGGAGCGCUCAAGGCGGGUAAGCUGCCCUCGCAAAAACAGCUCAACCAAUUCAUCGAAGCCGUCAUGUCGAGCGCUGUGCUCGACGAGCGCUCCGUCUCGGGCUCCUCCAAGCUCAGCCAGCAAGGUGCUACCGUGAUCCAAGACAUCAAGGGCAUCCUCGCCUGCAUCGAACGCAUUGGCGAGAGCAAGAACGGCGACGACAAGAUCCAGAAGUUCAUCUACCACACUUCGCAAGCUUCCAUCAAUGUGACGGAUGAAGGUGAUGUUUCAGUCAAACUUCCUUCUGCCUCGUCGGUCGGCGCUGACGGACGCUUGCUUGACCAAGCCAAAAAGGACGCCAACAAGGCGCUUGGUGAGGUAAAGCAAAUUGGUCAACUGUUGCUCACCUCGAAAGCAUUCCGUGACCUAUUGGCCGACGUUCAGUUCCUGCUUCGCGAUCUCACGGCCGAUGCAGCUGCUACCGCAGCUCAGAAGGCGGGUGGCGCUGAAAGCAAACUGCGCCCCAGCGAAGAGGAGCGCAAGAAGCGAGGUGAUGCUGUUGAGAUUCGCGCUCCCAGCAAGAAGGAUCUCGAAAGCGCCAAGGACCAAGCCAAGCGAGGAGCCCAGCAGGCGCAGCAAGACAUCAAGCAGUCGGCCAACGACGCAGCCAAGUGGCUCGAAGAGCAGACUCCUGACGAUGUCAAAGAUGCCUUCCUGGAACGCAUCAAGCACAUCGUCGACAGUGUGGAGCGCGAUCCUGAUUUCAAGAGUGCGCUCAACGGACUGUACGCUAUCGCCAACAAGUGGGCCGACAUUGUCCAGGAUGUUGCUGAAAAGGCCAAAGAGCAAACCGACAUUGAUGUCGACAGUCCCGAGGCUGAGGCCAACGAGGAUCUGCGCGAGGCUUUCGAGCAGCUCAAGCAGAUCCUGGAAACGUUUGCGGGUCGAUCGCUCGAGCCCGUGCAAGAGUCGAUCAGCGGUCUGCUCGAGCAUGCCAAGCAGAUUUAUGAAGACGAAGCGUCGAAAGAAAGCAAGGAGCUGCGCGAAUUUAUCGACGACGUCAAGGCGUUCAUCGACCGUGCGCUUAACGAAGACGGCUUCGUCCAGACCAACCGAUCGAACCGCAUGGCUUCGGACCUGUACGAUCGAGCUCAGCGCCUCUUCAAUGCUACGGGAAAACAGGCCAACAAGCAGCUGUCCAAGCUCCGUGACGAUUUCGACGAGACGCUCGACGAAAUGUCAACGUUUGUCAAAGGUCUCGAAGAAGAUGCCGAGCUGCGCGAGCUUGCGCAACGCUUUGAAAAGCUCGGAUCGGAUGUCAACUUUAUCGACUUUGAGCGACUUACUGUCAACGGACCGGUCCAGGGGCUCAUCAACCUCUUGAGCGACCUGCGCAAUCAGGCGGGCGGCCUCGUACGUGAUACGGUCGAGGUGUUGAUUCCACGUCUGAUCAGCGAAAUUCAGUCGAUUCCCUUGCCACGAAUCGAGUUUGUCUCGCGCGAGGCUGACGUGGUGAUUGAUGACCUUUCGCUUACCGCCUCGACUGCUUCGUUUGUACCCGACCGCGUCCGCAUCAUCAACCGCAACGACCUGACGCUCGACCAACGUCGCUCUAGUUUCGGCAGCACCUUGGACGCAUAUCUCUACCUCGAGAUCGAAGGUCUUCGCGUCAAAGCUGCCGACGUAGCGUACUACAUUAACAAGAAGACGGGUUGGGUCGGAUGGGAGGAUUACGGAUUCCUGGAUCUCGACCUGGGCGGACGCAACGGAACCCGUUUUGUCGUCAAACUCGAAAACGCCGAUGAUAACGACGACGAGUCGUUCUACAAGGUGAAACGCGUCAGCGUCGACAUGUCGAGCUUCAAGGUCAAGGUGCGACAAACGAAGCAUUGGCUGCUCAACUUUUUCCUGAUGCCGUUCGUGCGACCGGUGCUGAGGCGCGUAUUCCAGCAGCUCUUGGAGGAGCAGAUCAAGGGUUGGUUGCAGAACCAAGACCGUUCGCUCUGGGCGGCACAGCAGCGAGCCAAAGUGAUCAACAGCUACAGCAAGCAUGCCAUCAAGGACGGACAGGGCAUUUCGACCAAGGCGUAUCUGAAAGCGAUCUUUGCGCCCGAGACCGACGCGUUCGAGCCAUACGGGAGAAAGACUCAGCCGCCCAAGACGCAGGUCGGACUCGCCGAGGGAUUCCGCGUUCAAAGUGUCAACGACGAGUUCAAGCUGGCCAUCGGCGCGAGUUACUCGAAGCAGUUGCUGCCUGGUCGAGGAGGUCCGUUCAGGUAUGCGCGCGACAAGAUGGCCGAAUACCAACAGAUCGAGGAGACCAUCAGGCGCGGUGUCAGAGAGAUCCAGGAGGGCGCUCACGAGCUCAGACAAGGCGCCAGCGAUGCAGUUGACCAAGUCAGGCACGGCGUCAAGGGUCUCGAAGGCGAAGCGAGGGGUAAAGGCGCAAAGGUCAAGCAGGAGGUCGACAAGCUCAGCUCCGAGGCCAACAAGCAGGAGCGAAAGGAGAGGAGGGACAACGGCUGGAAAUCCGACGUCUUCACCUGGUCCAACGACGACGUCGAUCUCUGA